AUGGAAGUCGAUUACCAGCCCGCACUAGGAUGCAUGCACUAUCUUCGCAACGUGAAAGUACAAUGCUUCGACUGCCAUCGCUGGUUCUCGUGCCGACAUUGCCACGACCAGUCACGCGACCUCCCCUUUCCACACUCACUACGGCGCAAACUCAUUCGAAACAUGCUCUGCAUGAUCUGUCAGACGCCACAGCCGGCGGCGGAAGUGUGCUGCAAUUGUGGCGAGUGGUCGGCCAACUACUACUGUGAUACGUGCAAGCUUUUCGACAACGAUCCCAAUAAGAGCAUCUACCACUGCGACGAUUGCGGCAUCUGUCGACUCGGUCGUGGCCUGGGCAAAGACUUUGUGCAUUGCAAGAAGUGCAAUGUCUGCAUCUCCAUCUCCACUUCUGCUGAGCACCCGUGUAUCGAGGGCGCCACGGAGGGAGACUGCCCGCUGUGUUUGGAGGAGAUGUUUGCGUCACGCACAAAGGUCGUCAGUCUGCCGUGCGGACAUUAUAUGCAUGCUAUAUGCUAUAAAGACCUGAUGUGUGUCACGUACAAGUGUCCGGUGUGCAGCCGAAGCGCCGUGAACAUGGAGUUGCAGUGGCGAAAGCUGGACGACGAGAUCGAGGCGCAACCCAUGCCAGAGGACGACGAGGACGACUUGAUCCUUCCGCCGGUUGAGAUCCACAUCGUUUGGAUUGGCUGCAAUGAUUGUGGCAGCCGCUGCUGGACCGCAUUCCACUGGCUCGGGCUGAAGUGCAGGGUGUGCGACAGCUACAACACC